UAUCUUAGAAAAGCGGUGCCGGGGGCUAGGAGCUGCUCGGAGGCACCGAGGGUUUCCCCCGCCGACCAUGAAGAACCCGGUGCCGCAGGCGGCCUCGCUGCUGCUGGAGAAGCUGCUGCUCCUCGUCCACAUCCGGCCGUUGCCCGCGGGCUCCGGCGGGGAAACGCCACCGCCUGCACCCAGCUACUACGACACCAGCUGCUUCAAGCGAGGAGACCUGCUGGAGGUGCCCCGCACGCUCUUCAUCCACUUCGGCAUUUACCUGGGCGAGAACCGCGUCGCUCACUUGAUGCCCGAUAUCCUGCCCACUAUCACCGGCGACCGUCGGCAGAUCCAACAGGUGGUGACCAACAAGCGGCUCAUCCUGGGCGUCAUCGCCAGGACGGCCAGCGUCCGGGUGGACACGGUGGAGGACUUCGCUUACGGCGGCAGCAUCCUGGUCAACCACAUGGACCGGCUCUUCGAGGACCAGGUGCUGGGCAGCGAGGAGGCGGCCCACCGGGCGGAGGAGCUGGUGGGCACCACGGCCUACAGCCUGCUCUGGAACAACUGCGAACACUUCGUCACCCACUGCCGAUACGGAGCCGCGGUCAGCUUCCAGACCGACAAGUUCUGUGAGACUGUGAAGAUGAUUAUUCGGGACCAGAGGAGCGUGCUCGCAUCCGUGCUUGUGGGACUAGCGUCAAUAGUCUGCCUAGGUGUGGCACCCUCCACCACGCUCCCCACCAUCUUCAUUCCUUUCCUUCUGUGGAUGGCUGGCUAACAGCCCUCCUGGAGGCUUCCAUCCAGGAUCUGUAUAUAAAAUGUAUACUACUGUAUUUAUGAAAGCACAGAUUACUCACUGGCAUCAUGUAAAGUUUCUUAAUUUUGUGCACCAUUUUAAAAUACAACUUAGUCUAGAACACAGUGCACAAGGCAUAGCUUACUAUGUAAGCCAAAUAACAGAUUUCCUGAAAAUCUUGGUAUAUUUUAACACACCUUUAAAUAAUGAAAAAAGCAGGGUUGCGAUGCAGUUCUGCUCCUUGUCUUUAGCCAGAAAUUAUUCUAAUAACAACCUUCAUGUUCUUCAGUUUCUUAGCUGCAUACCUGAGUGCCAUAACUAUUAAUAAAAAUGGAUGAUGGAGUUCUACAAAGUGAUGGAAAUGGAGAACUGCUUACCUCUUCCUUUUAUACAUAUAGUGUAUAUUCAGAAAUUACUGUCUCCGUUCCUAAAAUACUCCUUGGUGGAAAUGCAAGUAAAUUGGCUCUUUGUUGAGAGCAAAGAAGAAAAACCAGCCCUGGGCUGUGUGCUGCAGGAGCACAUCUGGCCAGACCAGUUAAAGUCAGUUCCCUUCUGGGAAAUGUUCAGAAAUCUGUCACUUGUAUUAAUUGUCUAAACAUUUACUACUGUAUUGAACAACUUUUUAAUUGGAUUAGUGGUAAGGAAAGACAGCAAUCCUCACCAAGUUCCUUGCCAGUGAUAGUGGCUAAUAUGGCUAAUAAAAAUGGCUACAGAGGGAUUUAGGAGCUAUAGGAAGAAAUUAGCUUGCGUUAUGUCAACCAGUGAUGUACAGAUGUUGGACAUUUCUGGCAUUCCAGGGCACAUGGCAGGGAGGAGGAGGACAGACCCGAUUUAGUUCUUACUGUCCCUCAGCAGUGGAACCUGUGUAGGUACCAUAAAGAAUCAGGGAACAUUGGAGCAGUUUCUGUGGUGGCUAUAUUGUGAUUUUGGAUAUUGCCUUAAAACACUUUCUCAGUGAAAGACAGCGUGUCUUCCUAUACUCAUCUCUUGUAAGUAUUCACUUUCAAGCCAGUAGCUGGUGCUAGAAAUGUUUUAUCUUCAAUGCUGAGGCCUUUCAGUUUAUCAAGAAUGUGUAAAGUUGGAUUUGAAAUCACGUUCAUGUUGGCAAUUGUUUAAAUGCUAAAAAACUGUAUUUUUUUUUUUCUUAGCAAGGUCUUUUAGGUAUGCAGAUAAAUUGUUAUGCUCCUGGAAUUGUUCAGCCUUGUGUGCAUACAUGCACUUCCUUGUUCACAUGCUGUGCUUGCCUUCCUUUCUAGCCAAAGGCCAGUAUGACAGUGUUUUCACCAAGGACUCAACCUCAGAUUUACUUCUAGUAGUGGUGUGCAGUGUCCUGCCAUCAGCUCUGUUACUGAAAUGGCCACUUGCCCAUUUUUAGAGUGACUCCUUUUAACUGUGCUAUAAACCCCCUCCUCCUUCCCCUAGACCUUACAGGUGCUUGAAGAUUGGAUUUUUAGAACUGUGAGUCUACUUGACUGCUCUCUAAUCAUCAUCUUCCGGCUGCUCCACCAUGACCGACGAAGAAUGUAAAGACUGGGGCGAAAUUCCAGCUCAUAGGAAAGAGCAGCAUGACUCCUGCUGCCAUCAAAUAAGAGGGGAUUUCAGCCCAACUUUCACUACAUGUUCAAUUGGCAGCCCAGCUCCAAGCAGCUGGAUAUCAAUUACUGCUGGAUCCUUGUAAACAGCUUCUAUUCUGCUUUGAAAGAUUGCAAUGCUCAGUGUAACUGUUUCUGUUAAACUUUUGAAAUUAAGGUGUUUUUUAAUUAACAUGAGUUACUUUUUCAUAGUGUAUGCAUUAGUAAUAUUUACAUAAACUCCAGCAUGGUUUUUUCACUUGCUGUGAAUAAGGCAUGAGCUGUAGUCAUUACUGUAAUUAUAUAAAUAAUUUUUAUUCAUUUUAAAAUGUCUAUGGCCUCUUGAAAUUGAGUAUAAUGCUGUAGCGUUACUCUUAAGAUAUCCCAGUAGGGUACAGAACAGGCCAUUAACAUGCAGUUACAUGGUGUGUGAUUACAGGUGGGCUUUUCCUUUACCCUUUAUUUAAUUGGGAUUUACAAGAAUUCCAGUAAUUCUUACAAUUCACAUACACAAUAAACAACGGGGUCAUGACCAGUAACCAAAUCACAAGUGGGACUGUUGGAAGGCAGAGAAAUGUUCCUGCUCUAGCUUCAGUAUCAAAGGACCAGUGCUCCUGUGCUGCCUAAUGCUUUUGAGCAAGAAGCAUCCAGACUGACUAAUUUAGGAUUUUCAUAGGUGUCUACGAAAGAAAUGAAAGCAGUUCCUUGCAGGCUUUCAUUAGUAGAGAAUUUCAUUAGUAGAGAAUUUUCCUUCAGCAUAUAAAGUUUUAAACUUAUGAAAUGCUAUGAAAUGGUCUAGAAUGUCUUGCUGUAUCCUUUCAUCAAAGACAAGUAAUAAUGUAAUAGGAACAGAAAUUCAGCUACAUGUUUAGGCAUUUUUCCUACCAAAUAUAAUUUUAGCAAAGAUCUGGAAAUUUCGUUAAAAUCAGGCAUGAGUCUAAUCAGUCAUACUCUGAGGAGAAAAACAAGACUAGCAGGCAUGAAUUUUCAUGUUCAGCUCAGCGGGUGGUGUUUGUGCUCUGAAAUAUUUUGGUAAAUGUCAGUGUCAACUUUUUUCUGUAAUUGCUUGAGUAAAAAUAAGCACUAGCUGGAGCGUUGCAUUUCUUGAGCUCAACUGUGAUGCCAUUGAAAUGAAGGAGCUAGUUAUAAUAAGAAAAACACAGAAAACUGGAGCAGUUCAGCUGUUGGGGAAAUGUGUGUGCUUAGAAGUGAAAUUGUUCAUCGGUAACCGUAAGUGAUGGUGAUGGGGAGUGUAAAUCCAGAGCCACAGCUCAUUUUAGUGGGGGCUGUUUUGAGAAGCUGUGUGGUUAAACUAGAAUACGUAAUGAAGGAGUGUAACCAUCACUCCUGUGCCGCUGGAAAACGCAAGUAAUGAAGACAUCAAGUUUAAAGGAUAGAUGUUUCACUUCAGGCUUUCCAAAGAAAACAAAAUGAGUAAGGCUCAAAAUGUUUUUAGAAAACCCUUGUUUAAAAGAAAUAAAAAAGAGGUAAGUUGAAGUCAAUGAAGACAUUAGAACAGUGUGCUUUCUGGUUUUCUGUUUGCAUUUAUUUUAGCGUGGAACAUAAAUGAUUACUCAUUUUAUGGUGAACAGUCAUCUGCUGCUUGAUUUCACUUUGCAUUCUCCUGUGCUGAAGGAGAAUGCUACGUAUAAAUACUGUUGAGAGUUUUAUUGAAAACAAAAUCAUAGCAAUACUUGUUAAAGUCUGAGCGGGUGGGGAAGAGGGGAUUAAACUUGUGUGUGACUUGACAUAGUCCAGACAGGUCUUAGAAUGCAAACUUCAGCAGUGAGAAACAUUAGAACUGUGAUCUCUAAAAAUGAUAUGGUGCUGUAUUAUUUAUUGCAUGUUCUCACAUUAAAUAAAGCAUCACACACCACUGGAUGAUAAA